AUGCAAUUUGGCACAAUUGUUUUCAUUGUUCUCAAUCUUAUAUUGAGUUCAAAUGCUGGCGAUCUCUAUCCGAGUUAUAAUUUAUCAAUUGAUCCCAUGAAAGUAUUUGAAUGGUCGGAUAGUCCUGCACUUGCUUACAUAAUAACUGUUCGACUAUUUGAUUAUGAUCAUCAUAUAUUUCAAUAUAGACGUUAUCCAUGUCAAUAUUUUUAUACUGAUGAAAUUCAAUUAUUUUUGAAUAAUGAAACAAUAAAUCAAUGUUUAUAUAAUACAACAAACAAUGAUUAUGAAUAUGGUUUUCAACUUCAUUUUGAUUCACGUCAUGUUGAACCAUAUAUUUUACGAAAUAUGGCUAUUCAAUGUAAUUAUAUUAAUUGCAGUCUUUCAUUAUUAAACAUAACAUAUAUACAUAUUGGCUGGAAUUUUAAAGGUAGAGAGAAUAAUCCUGAUUGUUCAUUUAAUAUUGAUCAGCCAUAUAAUAUUAUGCGUACACCAUAUACUGUAUCAGAAUUGAUUACACUUCGAUGUAAAUCAUUAUCUGCAUGCAAUCAUUCAAAAUCAAAUAUAGAACAAUUUCUUCCAUUAUAUGUUCGAUUAAUCUAUGGUUCAUCUUACGAACUUCAAGUACCUUAUUGUUCAUUGGAAAAAAGUCUUAGUCAUGUUAUGAAUACAAAUUUUGCACAAACAAAUCGUCUCUUACAACAAAUAAUUGAAAUUAUACAACGAACUUCUGACAAAACAGAUGGAACGAAUCAAAUUCAUCUAAGUACAAUAAAAGGUGAAGGUGAAUUAUCAUCAAUAAAUUUAGAUGAAAGAGCAUUAGAAGAUGUUACUGAAUUGCCAACAUGGCUUAAAAUCCAAAAAGCAACAUGUGGACGAGCUUUUAUCAAAAUUCCUUGGACAAAUUUAAAAACUUUACCAAUUCAAUUAUCAUUAGAUGACGUUACUAUUGAAAUUGAAACAUGUGAAAAACUUCGUGAUUUACAUAAUUCACCAAGCGGCAAUGAUCCAUUAAACGGUAAAUAUGGUUUUACUAAUCGAGCUAUCGAUGGAAUUUCAUUAACAAUUUCAAACCUAACAUUCACAAUAAAAGCACAAGGUUUUAAAGCAUCAAUUUUUUUACCAUCUUUAGACGUUUACAGUACAGCUCCCAAUGGACAAAAAGUUGAUACAUUGACUUUAACUCGUGUUCGUAAUACUGCUAAAGGUCAUAUUCUUCUAUUUAAAGAAAUAUCUUGGCCGAAUGCACGUAUAGAAGCAUCAUCAAAUGAUAAUAAUUCUUCAGGAACAUCGAUACGUUUUAUUGUUAAUUCAUGCCGAAUGAGGAUUUCAAUGAAAAAGAAUCUUCAAGAUAGUACAAUGAUAACAUCUCGUGUUAUGAUACAUUUUGAUGAUUUAUUAUCAGUUCUUAAUGAUGCUCAAUUAAAAUCAGCAUUAAAUACUUAUAAAGAAAUAACAGAAUUAAUGAAUCGUGCAGCAGAACAAACAAAACGUUACGCUGAAGAUAAAUUUACUAAAUUAGAACGACAAUCACCAACAUAUCAACCUAAAUCAUCAAGAAUCGAGGCGAAUGAACCAAUAAAGUCAUCAACAAGUGAACAACAAUCGAGUGAUGCAUUUACUCGAUACGAUAUUAUUGAAACAUCAUUACAUUUCAAUGUUAAACGAUUAGAUUUACAUAUGAUUGCCGAUUCAGAUAUUCAUGUUGAUCGUCUAGUUGAAAAUGGUUCACUUCAAAUGACUGUAGCAAAUUUAUCUAUUGAUCUUUAUCCAUAUCAUGAAUCCGAAUCAUCAAAGAAACAUUGGAUAAAAUAUAGUGAAAGUCAAUCAAUAAAUCGUACUGAAUGGAUAGCUAAAUUACAUGAAGAAUGGCAUGCACAAUUCAAUACUGCUAAAGCUUCUGUACCAAAUGAUGAAACAUCUAUGAAAUUCGAAAAAGCUUUUCGUACAAAGCAAAUUCGUUUACUCGAAUCAUGUAGUGUCAUAAAUAUUGAUGAUCUUGUUUUUUAUCCUGUUUCAUUAAAUACUGAUAAACAACAAAAACGUCGUCGACCAUUAAUAUCAUCUGAUAAAACAUAUUAUCAUUUACCGGAUAAUUUAGGUAUUAUUAAUAUUCAACAUACGGAAUAUUAUUAUCCAUUAUCUUAUUCAUUUCCUGUACCCAAUAGUGAUUUAUAUAUUCAAAUAAUGCCUCUUGUUAUUCGUGUUGAUUUCUCUACAUUAAGUUGGCUUGAUGCUUUUGAUAAUUCUGGUAUAUUAAAAAGUGAUAAACCGACUGUUGAUCUUGAACAUGUAGCAAUUAAAUUAGAAGCCAUGUUACCAAGAAUUGUUAUAAGUUCCGAUGUAUUUUCUACUAAUCAUAAAUUAGAAGAAACGAUACAAGAUAAGAAUUCUAAAUCGGAUAAAUUAUUACAACAGAAUGAAACAUUAAAUCAACAACUAUUUGAUAUACUUGAAAUGAAUAUUUCAAAAAUUAUAAUUACAAAUACUCGAACAGAAUUAACCAGUAAUCGUUAUAAACUUGAGACACAUUUAGAAUUAUUUAAAGAAACAAAAUUUUUUCAACAAGCUCAAUGGCCUUUUUCAAAAGACACAACAACACGACUUAGUCCAUUAUUUGAAAAACAUCCAUAUGAUACAUAUUUAUAUGAUAAUCCAUUAAGUAAAAAGACUAAUACUUUACCAGAAGCACCGUCGGCUAGUACAGCACUUCAUACUUAUUAUACAAUGACGACUGAUUCAUUGAAAAAAUCUGCAAAAUAUGAUAUUUGGAGUUUAAAUGUUGAAAAAAUUUAUUUGGAUUUUACACCAUCAUCAUCAUCAUCCGAAUCGAUUCGACUAGCAACACAAAAUAUGAUUGAUACUCUAUCAAUGACAGGUUGGAUUGUACUGGAUACAAUAGAAAAAGAUUCUUGGUUAAAUAUUCUUUGUAUCCUUGAAAAUCCAUCUCUAUUAAAAAUUUCACAAAAACAAUACACAUUUAUUAUGCAUCUAGUAGAUGAAUUAGGUCUCUUUUUGGAUACACUCGAACGACAUAAAAAUCAAACUCAUUUAAUUAAAGAGAAACUUCUACUAAAUAAUUCUUCUGAUGAUAUAAAAAUAACAAUCUGUUUAACUAUGCCAACAACAUUUACACUUGCUGUCAUGGAUGGUCUUGAAGAUCCAAUAAUUAAUCAUUCUACACCUACUCCACCAAGUUUAUCAGAAGUUGAUAUUGAACCUAUCAUGCGUGAUACAUCCGAAGCAAAUGUUGUUAUUGAUUUAAUAACAACACCAACACCCAUCAUUGCUAGUACAACAAAAAUAGAAAAAUCGAUUCCAAAUAACAGUCAUGACUCGCCUCGACAAAAGAAAUCUAAAUUUGCAAUAAAUGUUCAACGUGGAUUAGAGAUUGCUUCAAAAGGUUCACGAGGUGCAUCCAUAUCAUCCUUAAUGAAUAUGAGUGAUAAUAGUGAUGAAACGUCAUCUCAAUGGGAUCUGACUGAAGAAUUAGAUGCUGAUCUCGAAGCAAGUGCAUUUAAUAAUGAUUUUGAAGAACAACAGCAAAAAGUGACACGUAUUGAAUUAGAUGAUGAUAGUAUUAGUUUAAAAGGAAAAAAUUGUAUUGGAAUGAAAGAAUUAGAAUCGGUUAAUGGUGUAUUUGUUAAGUUAAAUCUAAUAAAUGUUUGUAUAACAGAAGAUAAUGGAAAGAAUGGUAAACAAAUGUAUAUUGCAUGUAAUGUAAAAUAUUUACGUAUUGAUGAAUUUUCUUCGUUACAAUUUGAUACCAUUAAACCAACAUUAUUUGAAAAUGAAAAUCCAGAUGAAGAUAAUAAUGAAAAUGUUUCACCAAUAAAUCUUCGUAUUGAUUUUCCUAAAAGUGAAUUAUCACCACCCCCAAUUGUUACUUUACAUAUUCAAGAUCGUUCAUUAACAAUUGCUAGUCAUGCUAUAGAUGUAAUUACACAAAAUUUUGAAGAAAUACUUACAAAUGAAGAAAAAAUCCUAAGAGAAAAUCAACCACUUAAAAUUGUUCCAAUUGACAUUCAUUUAAAUAAUGUACACUUAACACUUGAACCUCUUCAUGAAUUUUCAAUAGCACAAACUCAUAUUGCAACGAAACCACCAAUAAAAAUGAUUAUCGAAUAUAUGCAUAUUUUUCGACAAAUGGAUGGAAAAAUAAUUGUUCGAAAAACGAAUGAUAAUGUUGAAUUUCUUAAUUUAGAUGAUAACAAGCAAACCAUUCCAUCAUUACCACAAUCAAAUUCUAAUGAUGAUGUAAACGAAAAAUUACAACAAUUAGAAAUAUUUCGUCUUGAAAAUGAACGACUUCGUUCUGAAUUAAAUACCUGUAAAACAGAAAUAAAUGUUUUACGUGGUGAACGUGAUAGUUUAAUGAAUACAAUUUCUAAACUUGAUAUUGAAUUAACCCAAGCUGAAUAUCAACGUCUUGCUCAACAACAACCCAGGAAAAAAUGA